GGGAAAGAUACACAGACAGCUGCUUUGACCAAGCUUCUGAUUGGCUACCUUCCUUCAUCACUUCUUUCCUCUCCUCUUUGCCUCCUCUGUUCUAUUAUGUGGAAGGCUGUGGUGCUGGCCGUGUGUCUGCUGGUCGGUGGGGCGCAGGCAACAGAGGUGCAACCGGCGUACGGGGUCAAGCUUUGCGGCCGCGAGUUCAUCCGCGCCGUCAUCUUUACCUGUGGCGGGUCCCGAUGGAGAAGGGCCUUGAGAAACGCAGACGACGUGUCUCGUGACCUCUUCUCCUCCCAACACGAUGAGGCCUCCGACAGCUGGAGCCUGGACUCCAUCCCUGGACUUUCCUACCAGCAGCUCCCAGAAGCAGAAGCCCUGGGCUGGCCCCGGGCUAGCACAGAGGGGACAACAUUCGACCGGGCCGAUCGCUCCCCCAGUUCAGCGGACGUGCUGGAGGCUCUACGCUCCUCCGACAGAAAGGGUCGUGACGCAGUGGUGGGGCUGUCCAAUGCCUGCUGUAAGUGGGGCUGCAGUAAAAGUGAGAUCAGCUCCCUCUGCUGA